GUUCGACGCCUAAGCAACAGUCACUUGUCACGAUGCUGCCCACCUGGUUAACAGAGGAGUAUAUUCAAACCCAUCUAAGAGCCUACUGCAAGGAUGGUCAGCUGCGAGUCCUUAAGCUGUGGGCCAAGCCAGCAACGGAAAAGGGGGGAAACUAUGUCGGCGUAAUGACUCGCAUAUACGUCGACUACGAAGACAGAAAUGGAACGGUGCAAAAUAAAUCAUUCAUCCUGAAGCAAACUUGCUCAAAAGACGCCACCCAGUGGGCUAUUUUCCAGGAGUACGAUGUAUACAAUCGGGAGAUGGACAUGUAUGAGGUAGUGAUGCCCAAGAUGGCAGAGCUGCUCCGAGAGAUUGGAGUCACCGAGAAGUUAACCGCAGAGGCUGUAGUCGUGGAUCGGGAGCGGACCAUCAUGAUCCUCGAGGAUCUGGCUACUCUCCGAUACGUGAAUGCGGAUCGAGUUAAGCAAUUGGAUUUGAAUCAUACUAAAAUGACGAUAGAUAUGCUCGCACGGUUCCAUGCGGCAGCUAUAGUCUUGAAUCAACGCUAUCCUGAGAUCCUGGCAAAAAAUUACUCAUCGCACUUUUUCUCACGUAACAAAAAUGGCUACAAGGAAAUUUUCACGGGCUUGUUCAGGGCUUUCACCAGGUAUGUGAAUACCAACCCAAGCCUCAAAGAUCGCUAUAGCGCCAAGCUGGAACACAUUGCUCCCAAUUUGAUGGAGUAUGCUGCUCGUUCUGUCGAUGUUGGGGAAAAGGACUUCCAGACGCUGGUUCACGGUGACUGUUGGACCACGAACGUCAUGUACCAGUACGACGACGAAGGAAAUCCCACUUCGAUUUUACCUAUAGAUUUUCAGUUCAGCUCCUUGACAUCUCCGGUGGUCGAUUUGCAUUACUUAUUCUCCACAUCGCUGCAAGAAAACGUAAAGGAGAAGGAAAUCGAACUAGUUCAGUACCAUUAUUACGCACUGAAACAAUACUUGGAUAAGUUUUCCUAUAAGGGUGUUUUUCCCAGUUUGCACGAGUAUCAGCUUCAGUUCGAGCGCCGCCGAUUCAUGACCGUUAUUAUUGCCAACGUCUUUCAACCUAUAAUGGUAUACGAGGGCACAGAAGAGCCUGAGUUUGUGAAUCUCUAUCAGGAUACACCAGAAGGCAUUCGAUUCCAGGACUCAAUGUAUGCCUGUGAAAAAGUCCAAAGAAUUGUGGCAAAUAUUUUACCAAUUAUGGAUGCCAAAGGCCUCUUGGACCCUCAAUGAAUUUAGCCUGACUAUUUUUAAUUAUAUUGUACAAAGAGUAUUAUAAGCGUGGCAAAUUUCUGAUCUUGAAUAAGAUUGGUUUGAAGCUUGAGGAUUUACAGUUUGGAA